ACCGCAGCAGUUAGUUGCGAAGAUUAUGGAUUCGGAAAUUCUAGAGCCAAUAGUGUCCACCGCAAGUGGCAAGGUGAGAGGUCAACUUCGUGAAGGUAUCUACGGUGACACCUAUUACAGUUUCGAUGGCAUACCUUAUGCGAAGCCACCACUUGGUAAAUUACGCUUCAAAUCACCACAGCCGGUCGAGCCUUGGCUUGGCGUACGCGACUGUAUCAUAUGUCCGGCGAAAUGUAUGCAAAGCAAUCGUUAUAAUGGCGCGAUUGAGGGCAUUGAGGAUUGCUUGUAUUUAAAUGUAUUUACGAAGAAGUUACUCUCUGCAAAGCCUUUACCGGUCUUAGCUUAUUUGAUUGGUGGACGUUUUACAACCGGAGAUGCCUCACGUAAUAGUUGGGGUCUGGAUUACCUUAUGAUGAAAGAUGUAAUACUUAUAAGUAUUGGAUUUCGAUUAGGUGCUUUAGGCUUUCUCAGUUUCCCGGAACCCGAACUUCAAGUGCCCGGUAAUGCGGGCCUCAAAGAUAUCGUGAUGGCACUACAGUGGAUAAAGAAAAAUUGUCAGUACUUUAACGGUGAUCCCGAUAAUAUAACACUAUUCGGACACAGCUCGGGCAGCCAGGCAGCACAACUGCUCAUGUAUGUGCCGCAAUGUGAAAAUCUCUUCCACAAAGUCAUACUAAUGUCCGGCAUGCAAAUGCACUUGCGCCGCAUUCCCCAACUAGAAUAUCGCUUCGCCAAGCACUUGGGAUAUAAAGGCCAAGAGAAUAACCACGACAUACUUGCCUAUCUAAGCGCAUUACCGGCAGAGCGCCUUUGCGAUCUUGAAAUUUUGACGCCAGAAGAACUCAAGCAAGGCCAUUUUUUUGUAUUCUCUCUUACACUGGAAAAGAAAUCUGCGCCAGAUGCUCUAUUGACCAAGGACCCACUUGAUAUGUAUGCUGAUAAGCAAUCUUGGUGUCACAGUAUACCGCUGGUGUUAGGUGGCAACUCAUUUGAGUCUCUUAUGCACUACAAGUAUUUCACCAAGGAACCUGAACUAUAUGAAACUCUCAGAAAGCAUCCUGAGUACUUGCUCUCACACGAAGUCAGAGAGAAAUGUGAUAUGCACAUACAACAACAACUCGCAAAGAAGCUUAUCCGCUUGCAUUUAGGUGUGAAGGAAUUGGAUAUUGAACAGUCGUUUGAUGUUAUGCGUCUAUCGUCAUAUGAUUUUAUGUACCAUCCGAUAUAUCGCUAUCUCAAAACACGAAUACCUAAUGCUAAAGCACCUACCUAUCUUUAUCGCUUCGACUUUGACUCACCUUACUUCAACUUGUAUCGGAUAAAGCAUUGUGGCCGUAAAGUGCGUGGCGUGUCCCAUGUAGAUGAGCUUUCCUAUAUUUUCUUUAUGCCAGACUCAUUUAAGCUGCAGCGUAGCUCGACGGAGUUUAAGAUGAUUGAAUGCAUGAUAGAUUGGAUAACAACCUUUGCUCUCAAUUCGGAUCCUAACUGUGAGAAACUAAGCAGCUUAGUUUGGGAACCACUGAAUGGAGAUGCUCGCUAUUGUCUUAAUAUUAGCGAUGAACUGAGCUUUAUCACAUGGCCAGAGGAAGAGAAGUGCGUAUUGUGGGAUCAAUAUUAUAAGGAGGCGGGUAUAAGAACCUUUUAGUUGAUAGUUUUAGUUAGAAGUGUCACAGUAUGCACACAUGUUUGGCAGAAAAUAUUAUUAUUAUUAUUUUAUUUAAUUUUUUUGUUU